GUGUAGGCAGUAGGGAGUUUUCUGCUGGGGUCAGGAGGACUGUGAACAGACAAGCGGACCCUGCCCCAAACACCCGUGUAUGAGUGGAGUGUAGCAGAAAGAGAAACAUCCCCAACUUUUUCCUCUCUUGCCUCAAAGAGUCUACAUGUCUAGUGGCAUCUAGACAUGUUCAGCUUUGUGGAUUUGCGGCUGGCGCUGCUGCUCAGCGCAGCGGUGCUCCUGGUCAGGGCGCAGGGCGAGGACGACAGUAAGUUUCAUCACUGUUUACUGGACCUUCUGAAACCCCCUUUUUGUUUUUUUAUUUUUUUUUUCUCGUUGUUGAAAGUGGAUUUUCUCUUCAUGGGUGGACGACUGCUGAGAUCUUAGUCAGAGAUGAGAAGAAAGGAACUAGAGAUGCGAAACUUUGAUGCUUUUGCCUCUUUCAUGCCUGAAUGCAUAGGUUCACAGAUAAACAGAGCAACAGACUAGCUUGUAGUGUAGACAGUACAGUGUGUGCGUAAUGCAUUGGGCAUCCCGAGAAGGCCUCUCUCUCUACCUCUCUCCUUGGGUUUGUUAAUGUCUCUCAACCCCCGCCUCCCCUGUGCAUACAGAGCGAGUUGCUGCAGGUUUUCCAAGCUGUCCUCCAGGCACAGUUUAAAGCAGAGAGGGGCAGAAUUGCACAUUUUUAACCCCCAAAAGUUGAGCAUUGUCGGAGAAACAUCAGCUUUUCCUUAGUUUCCAAAAAGCCUGAUCCUUUUGUGGCUUUUUUAGAAGUUAAACCAAGUAAGAUACACCCAAAUCUCCAAAAGAUUGACAGUGGCGAUGAGAAAGGAUGGAGAGAAAAAAAACUCAAUUUAAAGGAGGAAAGAAAAUGGCCUUUGCAUGCCAACUCUCAGUAGAAAUCUAUGCUUUCCUCCAGCAGACACGAGGCAGACAGGGAAAGUGCUUUACAGGCCUGAUUGAUGUGGCAGAGAAAUUCACUGCCUGAAGCCAAGUGUAGAGUUGGCCAGGUGAGAGGGGGAUAAAAACAGAGGGAGGGAGAAGAAGCAGGCGUAGUCUUGUCUUCUGGAAACAUUUGACCUCUUCAGACUGAGAAGACUUUUUCUUUUUUCCCUAUAGUUCAGAUUUUUAAUAAAUAAAACAGACAAAAAAGUAACACGAUGUCGAAACCCAGUGGAACUUGAGGCCUCUGUGGGUGUUGAAGCUUUUUCUUCCUGCAAGAUGACAAAGAAAGGCAGCUCAGCUCUGAAAACAAGAACCAAGACAUAGAAAAUCAAUUUUUCCAGAUGUUCCUCUGGUCUGGAAAGGACUCAGCUGUCUGCUUGCCUGUCUGUCUAUCCAAAGCAGAUGUUGUUUGACCCUCUAAGCGGCCUCACGGCGCCAUCUAGUGUCUCUUCUCAGCAUCUGCAGAAACAUCUGGCCGCCACGUCUCCUACACCGCCUCCUCCUCUUCCCUCCUCCUCUUCUUCUUUUCCACUCUUUUUUUUUUUGUUACCUCUAAUUACAAACAUAUGCGGAUCGUUUCCACCAGAUGCUGCCAAGCCGACAGUCUGCUGCGCUGCUGCUUUUCCCUCUGACCUCAGCACUGUGGCAUGCUGGGAGAUUUAUAAGCCUUUCAAAGAAGCCCUACUUUGGGUUUGCUGGGGAACUUAACAGAAGUUAUGAGGUUCAAGCAACUUGAGGGUUGUAGGGCAGAGGAGCUCUGAAUCUCUCCAUGGUGGUUAACGGGGGUGCAAUCACCAGGAGACUCAGAUUUUGCGUGCGUAACGAUGAUGUGACGUGCGUCCAGACGCAGCACGUCGGUGACCUCUCUGUCACCUCAGCCUCUCUCUGGUGCGAGUUUGAGGCCACUUCCUGCCCACCUGUCCCCAUUCGACCAGUUUGGCCCUCUUAUGUUACUGCUUUAGACACUUGAACUGUUCUGAUCACUAUUUUCUGAAUCAUUUGGGGGGUUUUCCUCCAAAUUACGUAUUUGAAAAUGGAUUUAGUGUUAAUGGUGCCAACAAAGACAAAAGAACUUGUAGACCAAAACAAAAUGAAACAAAAUGGUGUUUUUAUAAUCCGAUUAUAGGGCCCUAUGAUGAAGUUGAAACUUAACCAGUCAACAUCAUUUGAGUAUUGAUUGAUUAUGAGGUUGUACAGGAUAUUUUUGAAAGUCAUUAUUGAUCAAAACUCAACAUCUCGACUACAUGCAGUGGGUUUCUGCUGCCCUGUACGUUUGGACUUUUUUUCUAUUUUCAUAGCAAGAAAUUACAAAUGCAAAGUUGUCACUUUUCACAGGAGGACUUAUUUUGUGUUUGUGUGCGUGUCUGCACGGGUCUCACUCCUGUCUCUCCCUCCUCCUCCCCGCAGGCACGGGCGGAAGCUGCACCUUGGACGGCCAGGUGUUCGCGGACCGGGAUGUGUGGAAACCAGAGCCAUGCCAGAUCUGCGUGUGCGACAGCGGCACGGUGAUGUGCGAUGAGGUCAUCUGCGAGGACACGACUGACUGCCCCAACCCCGUCAUUCCCCACGACGAGUGCUGCCCUAUCUGCCCUGACGAUGGUAUGACUCCUCCAUUAGUCAAUGUUUCCUCAAUUUGAUUUUCCUGCACCUUGUCCUUUCCUAUGGCGGUGAUUACAGGCUCUUGAAUUGUCUUUUACUCGCACUUUGUUUCAGUGUUUUUAAAAACAUUAUUCAACACUUUCACUCACUUUCAUGUCCUUUCCCUCUCUCCUGCUAAAGCUUGACUUCCCACAUUACAGGACACAAAUCAUUUCUUCCUUCAGGCUAAUUCUCCUCUGUUGUGACAAUGUAGGCCUAUGGUAGCUAAUACUUGGUGUUUUCAUGCUGGUUAUGCACAGACUGUCCUUUCUUAUUGUCCUAUUUUUUACUAUCUUCUUCCUCUUUUGUAUUUCCAGCUCUUCAUUUCACACUAUUUUCAUUUUAAUUUGGGACUCUGUCUGGUGUGUGUUGUGUUUCUUUAACAAACUUUGUGUUUCUUCUCUCUGCAGGUCUCAGGGAUGCUCAGGUUGAGGUGAGUACUGAUCAGUGAUUUCCCACACACCACAAGGUUCAUUGAUAUCUAGUGCCUUUCAUUUGCAACAUACUUAUUAUGACAAUCGACACACAAACAAUGUAAAUAUAACACAAACAAUCAGAUUGUUGUAUCUGAGUGUCACAUUGAUGAUUGAUCACUGAUGGACCUAGACCGGGAAAUAUAUUGAUCAGGUGUGAGAUGUUAGCUCUUUGACUGAGUUUUGUAUUUCUGCAGCAAAGAUCAGACACAGUUCAUAGAUUGUUCCAGCUACAUAAACUAUAUCACAUAUUUCAGCAUGUUGAGUAAUUUCUUGCACAGCAGUUACAUAGUUGAUCAAAAUCCAACACUAAGACUUUUUAUCUUUCAUACACAGGGACCCAAGGGACCACGUGGACCAAAGGGAGACAGAGUAAGUUCAUUUUUUUUGUCCCUCCAGUUUUUCAAUGAUAAAUCUUUGAAUCUUUGUCUGGCGGUGUGCUCACUGUCCAAACAGAGUGUCUUUCAAUGAUGCUGGAGUUAGAGCAGCUACUCUUAAUGUGUUUGAAUACAGGCACAUGUGGAUUAUGACCCAGAUCAUCUGGUGAUGUGAAGUAUUUGUAAUCUUUGCAGAGAAAAAGUGACAAUAAUUGAAGAUGAAUGUUUAAACAGUGGCUGGAGUAUAAUGCAUCACAAGAUGUUUUUUGACUGGCUUAGGAAAGGCUUAAAUACCCUGUAUGACCAUAUAUUUGACAUGUAAACACUGUAUGGUUAUGUACAAAAACAGAUGUAUGCAAUGAGCCCAGAAAAGAGAAAAACGCUAAAGCAAUAGAAAUCUAUUUGUCAACAGAAUGAAGUCACUAUUUUUGGUUUCUAGGGGUAAUCAUAAAGCAACAGAGUCAAGUUCAUGACUAACUUAAGGCAGCAAAGAGAUAUGAGUGAAAAUAUGCUGAGGUCAGGUUGAAACAUGCAGCCUGUGGGUAAAGAUGUUUGGAGUAGGAGAGGACAGACAGCAGAGCAUUUUUAAGCUUAGUUUAGGGAUUACUGAGGACGUGGAGGAAAGGAUUCUCUUUGAAUUCAACAAAUAAAUUACUGAGAAAUAAACCUCUGAAUAUGAUUAUAUUCCAUAAAAGGUUAGAUGUGGCUUCAUACGAGUGUUGUGAUGAGCCUAAUGUUGCAUCAAUCGAUGGAAACUCUUGUGAAAUGUAAUCAUUCAGUCGUUUCACAGAUGUUCAUAUUGAUUCGAAUGAAUGAUUCAAACUGAACUCUUAUCAUUGCGGUUAUUUGAUUUGGCAGGUUAGCUCAUCUACAACCCAGUGAACUUAAGUACCUAAAAAAAAUGGAUAUGUCAGAGUCUAUUCAAAUAAAGCUCAUGAUGUAUGUAUUAAAUCAUCAAAAGGAAUAUCUUGAAAGAAUUGUCAACAACUGAUCUCACCCACAUCAUGUAUCCUGAUGUCACAUGGCCAGUCCGUUCAUCAUGGGUCACAUGGUCAGUUUUGAUCAGCCACCUUGUCCCCCUUGUCCUAUGUAAUAUUGCGCUCCUCAUUUCAGGGGAUAAUGGACCUUUAGGAUACAAACAGGAAAAAAGAUAUCAAACACAAAAAUCUGCAUAUGCCCAGGUGGUCAUGUGACUUGGGGGUGUCUCUCUCUUAGCAUGUGUUGCCAAAGCCCUGUACUAACAUGACCCUUUCAUUGAAUCCUAAACCUGACAUCUUCUCCCCAUCUAUAGGGCCUUCCUGGUCCCGCUGGUAAUGAUGGCAUCCCCGGCCAGCCUGGUAUGCCUGGACCUCCUGGCCCCCCUGGACCCCCUGGCCUUGGUGGAGUAAGUUUGGAUUUUUUGGAUCAAUUUUGUUUUUUUGUUUUUAUACAAGGUUGACCAUCUCAGAGCUAACCUUGGUGAGAAAAACAAGCAACACAUGUCUAAACCUCACUUAGGACAGAGGAGUUCAGCUUUUUUCUGCAGUAGUGAGACCAAUGGAGAUAACAAAAAGGCCAAACUGUUCUUCUUAACCUUCCAAAAAAAUAUCUGAAAAAAUCCAAUUUCCCAUAUUUUCAAAUUACUUAGAGAAUAUUUUAUCCACUGUAAGCAUCAGUGCAGACCAGUGAAACAGGAGAUACUGCUUCAAAAUUCAGGGAAACUCAUAUUUUAGUCUCUAGGCUGAAACUAAAGUAUAUUUGCAGCAUGAUAGUCUGUCAUUGCUUUUAUUUGAGCUUCAAAAUUCCUGCCUCAAUCUGGGUCAGUGGGUCAGAAAUGUAUGGACUUAAUGCAAAUCUUUUGGGGUUUCAAAAAGUAAUAAUAAUAAAAAAUAUUUUUUCCUUUCAUUACUCCUUACCAGGAUAAGCCUAAAUGCAAACAAAUUGUCCUUGAAUAUAUUUAACUGUUAGUUUUCACACACCAUCAGUAAUCUUAACCAUCAUCCUCUCUGACUCAUAAGGUGGAGCAGGAUAUCGGGCUAAAAUAACCCUGAAAAUAACUCUGUUUUCAAGCAGAAAUAACUUUUGACUGACAUGCUAAUUCACCAGACUAAGCUAAUAUGAUAUUUUAAGCACUCCAUUUGAUUAUGCAGAACCUGUUAAUGACUAUUAUACCGAUGUUAUAGUUUUGCAUUUCCAUGGAAUAUUCUUCAUCGACACAGAAGCUUCAUCUUCAGACUGAGCUGACUUGAUGCACUUUCCCUGUCUUUGUCCAACUGCUGUUGGCUCAAAUGCUCUCUUAAUAGUUAUCAUAAUUAACAAUAUUAAAUGAAUCAAUCCUCAAUGAGCAGAUCACUGAACAGACUUUCGCUUGUAAAGUCACCAUGCAAAGCUAGCUAAGAUGUGGUACAUCUCCAUCUACUGCUUUGUGGAUGUGUUACACUAUGGCUUUUGGUCAGAUUACAGCAGCAGCAUCUAGACAGACUUCACUGAACCCAACAUCACCUCAGUGCCUGUCAUGAGGUCAAAGGUCAUGAAAAGAACAUGGCUGGUAGCAAAGUGAGGGAAACCAAACAAUUUGACCAGAGUAGGAUAAGAAAAGGAGGUACAGUCAGACACUGAACUGUCACAUUAACAGCAGACCUUUUUUUCCAUUCUCAUGCAUAUGUACAUUUAUAUGUUUAUAUAUAUAUGGUGAUUUUGUUUAUUCCAUAGUCUAUACCCAAAGAAAUGCAGCUUUAGCUUUGAAAAUAACGGCUCACUUUGCAUGGAAAUCUAACUGUCAGGUUACUAAAUGUGACAGACAGAAAUGAAUUCUAACUUUAUUUUUUGUUUUCUCUUCUCAGAACUUCUCCCCUCAGAUGUCCGGUGGCUACGAUGACAAAUCCCCUGCCAUGCCUGUGCCUGGACCCAUGGUAAAACAUGCACACAAACAAACAAACAAACAAACAAACAAACAAACAAGUAUCUCUUUGUGUCUUUUCCUGGCAACCAUGCUGACUUAGUAUCUAACCAUGCACUGUUUGAUUGACAGGGCCCAAUGGGACCCCGUGGACCUCCUGGACCCCCUGGUGCAAGCGUAAGUACAUACUUCCUCCGUCCUGGACUCAACUUAUUAUGAAAUCAAAGAUUAGAGAAUGAAGGUCCUGGUAUGAUGGCAGCAAGUCUUUGACACAUCACUGUGUCAUGCUACAGUUGCUGAAUUUCUUUUUUUGCACCUGAGGUCAUCUCCUAAAAGCAACACAGUUGUGUCGUAUCGCUGUGUCGUAUUAAUCAAAUAAUCACACUCACACAGAUACAACCUGCAUGUCAAGUUGCUGGAAUUUUUGCAGCAUACAUCUAAGCUGUAUUAUCAUUGUUUGGAUUUGAUAAUGAGGUUCACACUAAUGAAGCAAUACUUUACUUUCUCAGCUGGGCACAGCUAGAUUUUACCUGCAGCUUCCACAGGCCACAUCUGAAUAGUUAGGAGCAUAAAUGUACAUUGUUAAGAUGUACCAAAAACACCUGUAGAAAGAUUGCUUACUGUUUGGAGUUUGACACUCACUAUAGUGACCAAAAUAAUCUAUAAAAACUUUUUUCAAAUUGAAAUAGUCUGUACUGAAUUAUCCGCAUAUUGAGGUUAGAGCAGAUUUUUGUGUUUAGUACAAACUAACCAGGGCUUGCGUUAGGGACUUCUACUACUACUGCUACUGUUCCUACCUUAGUGACCAAGAUACCCUGACAAGGACAAGACAAAAAGAUUUAAAUCAGAUAGAGACUGUUGUUAUGUUUGUCCAUUGAGGGUGUUUAUCUGGUUUUCCACCUACAGGGACCUCAGGGAUUCACUGGACCCCCUGGUGAGUCUGGAGAGCCCGGAGCUGCUGUGAGUAUUUUAAAUAUGGAAAUUAAUAUCCACCUGUAGUAGUUUUUUUCCAUUCUUACCUUUUGUAUAUCUUGUUUCAUAGGGUGCCAUGGGACCCCGUGGCCCUGCCGGACCCCCUGGAAAGAACGGAGAGGAUGUAAGUAGAGUGGAAAAUACAGCACACUCUCAUAUUAACUAUCUGUGCACCGGUUUGGUUAACUGAAAGUUCCUACUAAUCCCCUUCCCUUCUUCUCUUAGGGUGAGUCCGGCAAACCUGGACGCGCCGGUGAGCGUGGACCUUCUGGCCCUCAGGUUCGUCGACUUGGCUGUGCAAUUCUCAGGAGUAUCUUCAAAAGUGCAAUGACCUGGCUAUGAUAAUGAAUCGUAUCUCCUAUCUUUAUCCCUUAGGGAGCCCGUGGUUUCCCCGGAACCCCUGGUCUGCCCGGCAUCAAGGGACACAGAGUGAGUCAGAGUUGUCAUCCUCACAUGUGGAAAAAUAAAAAAAUCAACCAUCCAACAUUGUUAUAAAACUCAUCUGUGUGGUUCCCUCCUCUGUAGGGAUUCAGUGGUCUGGAUGGUGCUAAGGGAGACUCUGGCCCUGCUGGUCCUAAGGUAAUCCUCCCUUUCUUUUCCUCUCUGACACAGUGUAAAUAUAGACCAGUUUUGAAAACCCACAUAACAUGUAUUGUAGAGGCAGUAUUAGCGGUUGUAAAUGUAACAAUAAUUGAAGUACAGAGAGCAUAUGGGGGCUGUGAUAGCAACAGGAGCAGAGAUCGAGAUGUUAGGUGUAAUGAAAUACCAUCUAAAUUAAUACUGUUGUCCCUAAAUGAACGGAAUUGUACUUUGUGAAAGUUGUAAAUGAAGCUAGGCGACUCUUACUUUAGCCACUAUAUUAGUCUAAAACCUGCUCCUACAUUUCCCAUAUUGUAGAUUUCCUUCAAGAAUGCUUUACUAGUAAAAAAAAAACAAUAAUACUUGGCUAACCAGUUUGUAAGUGAGGCUUUCUUUUAAAUAUGUGCAGUCUUAAACCCAAGCUAAGGUGUCAAGCAUAAGUUUAAGUUGCUCUCACAGCAGUGCUACAUGUAACAAUAGCACUAGCUAAUGCAGCAGUUAAAGCAGCAGAGAUAUUAGCUGCGUAUUAGCGAGUAGCAAUGUUGUUGUGUAGCAUUAGCAUACAUAUUGGCCCAAAGUAGCUAUUCUUGACCCUUAUUAACCAAUGGAGGCCACAUAGGCUUCACUAUUUAGCUGGUAGCAAUCAUAUUAGCUGCAAAUGAGGUAGUAGCAGCCAUUUUGCUAGGUUAAAUUUAUCUUUGAAAUGGUUCUGCAGUUGUUGUCCCAUUGUCAACUCUUGUUCCUGUGUGUUUUAGGGAGAGGCUGGAUCUCCUGGUGAGAAUGGAACCCCCGGUGCAAUGGUGAGUAACCCAGCCAUCUCCUUUACAUAUUUAUCAUGAAAACUACCAUUUUGGAGUUACUCUCCUUUCCAGUGAGUUGAAAUGGCAGCUGACUGGUUUUAUUUUUUCUCUAUUCAAGGGACCUCGUGGUCUGCCUGGCGAGAGAGGUCGUACUGGUGCCUCUGGAGCUGCUGUGAGUUUAUAAAUACAAACACACAUAUUCCUGCUUUUACCAACUUGUCAGUGUUGAGGUUGAAGAACAGGUAAUCUAAUCAUGUUUGUGUGUGCUGCAGGGUGCUCGUGGUAACGAUGGUGCUGCUGGUGCUGCUGGACCUCCCGUAAGUAUUUCUCUCCUCUAAAUUCUGAAUACAGAUUAAAUUCAGCUUCUAAAAUUUUUAUCUAAAUCCAGCUGUAGUUGAAGCUUUAAAGGUUCAUUUGAUGCAGUUUUAGAUCCCAUUUCCAUCUAAUCAUUCAAAGCUAUAACUUUCUUUGUUAGCUGUGAGAGUCUGAUCGUGGGGUCACGCUUGUCUCUUCAUUUUAUUAUUGCUAUUCAGGGUCCCACUGGCCCAGCUGGACCCCCUGGAUUCCCUGGUGGCCCUGGAUCUAAGGUACGCAUCCAAGAUCAUCAAGCAUUGCUAUCCAAAAUAACCUUACACAUCUUUUCUCUUUCCUCUUGACUUCUCUUCUCUCUGAGAGGUUGUAGCACAGGUUGGAGAGUUACAGUAAUAACUUGGUUGAACUUAUUUGAACUUUUAACUGACCCACAAUUUUGACCCUAGAAGAGGUCACAUGGGAUUGAGGUCAUAUCAGGCCAUCCCAGCUGCAGACGACUGUAAUAGAGUAUUACAUUUUGCUUCAUAUCAAAUUGUGUAAAAAGCACUGUACUGUUGUAUGAGAAGUUUUUUUUGUUUACCUCUUUUGUCGUUAAAAGACUGUUAAGCUCUGUGUUAAAAAUAUGUGAGUCUAUCGCAUUACCUUUUGGUCAAAGCAUGUAGUGUGGAUUUAUUUUGGUCCGUGGGCAUUAUGGUGUUUUUAAGGGUGGCAUGUUUUUUUUUAAAUACCACCAGCUGGUUUCUCAAUCAUGUCACAUCAUACCCAGUUCGGCACAUAAAAGCUACUUCUUGUUAUUUAUUUGUAUUUCUUUUUCCCAGCAUUUGCCUUCUUAUUUGUAUUUCUUCAGAACCACUACAAGUCUGUCAUCAUUUCUCAUUUUGUUAAUGAAUAUUUCUCUAAAUUGUGUCCUUUUCUACCCUCCUCUGAACAGGGAGACGCCGGACCUCAGGGUGCUCGUGGACCCGAGGGCCCCUCUGGAGCCCGUGGUGAGCCUGGUAACCCCGGACCUGCUGGUGCUGCUGGACCUUCUGUAAGGAUCAAUACUGACUUCUUAUACCAGACUCUUUGGGUAUUAGAGGAUUUUUUUACCAAUAUGCUAAAACAUAUUUUCCUCUCUCCUCUUUUAGGGAAACCCCGGAACUGAUGGUGCCGCUGGAGCCAAGGGAGUCCCUGUGAGUUUUUCAACCCUUACUGUUAAUGUCAGGGUCAAGGGUUCAAGGCUUUUUAUCUGAAAAGGAUGAGAGGCAGAUGAACCAGACUUUAGGCUUUUCUAUAUUUGAUCUAGCUAGAAACACUGAUGCAUGAUGGGUUUGUUUCGUUGCUAUCUGCUGCCCCCUGCAGGGUGCUGCUGGAGUUGCUGGAGCCCCUGGUUUCCCAGGACCAAGAGGACCACCCGGACCUCAGGGUGCUGCUGGUGCCCCCGGACCCAAGGGUAACACUGUGAGUGGAGUUUUCUCAACAUUUAAUAAAAGCAAAAACUUUUUUUGAAUAAAUGGAUCAAUUUUGACAAACUUAAUCAGAAUACUUCGGGCAAAUUGUUUUAUCCCUUGUUUUUCAGUUUGUUAUUGUUGAUUGAUUUUACUGGUUAACUGUUGCUAUAGUUUUACUUUUGUUUUACAUAUGUGUUGAUGUGGUUGAUUUUCCCCCUUAGGGUGAAGCUGGUGCCCCAGGAUCCAAGGGAGAGGCUGGUGCUAAGGGAGAGGCUGUAAGUUUACCACUUUCAGCAUGGAGCAACCAUCUUUGCACACUUCAGUAUGAAUGCACAGUCAGUCUCUUAUGGUGUCUGUGUUUGUGUUUUCAAGGGUGUUCCAGGAGUUCAGGGACCCCCAGGACCCUCUGGUGAGGAAGGCAAGAGAGGAGCAAGAGGAGAGCCCGGUGCUGCCGGAGGCCGUGGAGCCCCUGGAGAGAGAGUAAGUACCUCACUUUGUUCCAUAGAUAUAAUACUGGAGAUGGAGAGGGCUCAGAGUGGCCGCCUGGUCGAAUAUUUUCACCAUGAAGAUAUUUAAUUUACUCCCUACAACUCUCUCUCUCUUUGCUUACAUUAGCAUUUUGAGAAAGUUAUUUUACUAUUAACUGAGGAAAUCAGAAAUUCUGACUUUUGGUGCAGCUGCAGACUCCAAUGAUUCCUUUUUAAAAGCAUAACUCCUGGUCAGUAAGCAUACGCUACAAUACUUAAAAUCCAUUCACUUGUAAAACUUGGUGAGGUGGUCAGUGACAUGUUGGACUUGUCUGUAUUUGGUCCACUUAAAAAGCAGGCCUUUUGUUUCUGCACUCAGUCAAUUAACGUCUUCUGCUUGACUUCACUAAAUACAGAUAAUUAUGGAAUAAAGUAAGCGCACACAUCUACAUCUACACAUAAACUGAACUAGGUGAAUCCAGUCAAAUCAGCCCCUUGCCCUGUAUUUCUGUGUUGUGGUGUCUGGCUGCCCUGGCUUCUAAACAGACCUUUACAGGUCAGCUGAUGGUAGAUGCAGCCUCUGAGGCCAAAACAAAGAUGUCAGCCUUCACCCAGCACAGCCAGCUGAAAACAAAGCUUAUGCUAUUACACCAAGAUUUGUGUCCAAAUGAUCACAUACUAACUCUGUUUUUGAGAGACCAAAUCAUUUUUAAAAUAUACACUUCUCUAAAGGGAUAAAGUCCCCGAAUGUUGCAGAAACAGAGUUUAUCAUCUCACUAAGCGUUUGUAUUGAACAUCAAACCUCAAGGUCUUAAAAAGUGUUCAACAUUAGUGACUUUUUACAGUCAAAAAGUCUCUGGUGACCUUCCCUUUGGCUGUAACAUGGGUAGGGAUGGCAGCAGAGUUGGUCAAAUAAGCUGCAAGGUUGUUAGUGGAAACAUAGUUUAGAUAAAAUGGUCUGCUUCAGCUUUCUCUAUUUUGGUUCUUCACUGGUGCAGUUACUAACUGAUGCGGCCAUAUUGUGUAGUGUUUUUAUCCAGCAUCAUAGACAAGCCAUAUAUAUACGAGCACAAAGUAUGACCCACCUUACUUUAUUUGUGUUUGGCUUACCCUGAUAUCCUUACCUGACCAAUGAAUGCACCAGUGAGAGACAGAGUAAGGCAGGUUCUAGCUUUGCUUUAAAGGAUUUAGAAGUGGAUAUGUACACAGUGGAGUCUGAAAUAGAAGUGUCUACCCUGUACUCAACUUUUGCCUGUUCAUGCUUUAAAAGUAUAAAAUGAUAGUGGACACAAAUGUCAAAUGUGCACAUAGUUGUGGCUCAUUUGAAAUGAAAUUUGUAUGAAAAUAAGCUGGUGCCCCUUUUAGGACAGAAAAAAAGAACCUUUAUUUAAAAUGUCUGCCGCAUCAGGGGCUACCAUAGCCAUAUCCUGGACCUGCUUCCUGACACUCUCUGCUGUGGUCCAUUUUGCCUCUUGCUUUUGCAAACUUGUGGCUUUUGAUUACUUUGUAAUAUUUCUCUAAAAGCCUUUAUUGUGGACAGCAAAAUACUUUUAGCUGGGGGGGGGUUGAAUUUGAGUAGAGCUAUAAGUAAAAGUUGUGAAGAUGUUAUGGUGUUGGAUUUGGUUAAAAGAGAUAACCAAGAUGUAUUUGAUUCUUUCAACAGGGCGCCCCUGGCGGUCGUGGUUUCCCUGGUGCUGAUGGCGCUGCUGGACCCAAAGUAAGUCAAAGGCACAGAUAUAUGAUGUGUCAUUCAGUACCACUUACAAACACAGAGAUACUAGAGGUUCCUUUUUUUAUUGUUGUCAUUUUUUCUUACACGUUUUGCACUUGUCUCCUUUUCAUCACUACUACAGGGUGCCACCGGUGAGCGUGGUGCCCCUGGUGCUGUUGGAGCUAAGGGUAAUACUGGUGAGAGUGGCCGUACCGGUGAGCCUGGUCUGCCUGGAGCUAAGGUAAGCAGCCUGUUUGUCACACAAUUAUGGUAUAAUCAUUUAUUGUCCGCACGAGCCCUCUCUGACCUUUGACCUCUAUGUGUAGGGUAUGACUGGUAGCCCUGGCAGCCCUGGACCUGACGGCAAGACUGGACCCGCUGUAAGUUCUUGUUCAUAUUCCUGUUUCCAUCACAACCCAGUUAAGCCAUCACCAUUUUUUUUAAUUUCUAAUGAAUCUUCUCCUACAGGGAGCUGCUGGACAAGAUGGCCGCCCCGGACCCCCUGGCCCCGUUGGAGCCAGAGGCCAGCCUGGAGUCAUGGGAUUCCCCGGACCUAAAGGAGCUGCUGUGAGUAGCACAUCACUGCUGAACUAACUAAUGAGAACUAAUAAGUAGGCAAGAGAAGUUGUCUCUUGAUCUCAACUGAAACUGCUUUUCUUCUCCUUGCAGGGUGAGGGAGGAAAGCCCGGUGAGAGGGGAGUGAUGGGACCUACUGGACCUGCUGUAAGUUAGAAACUCUGUUUUCUUCUUUUUUACAGUACUCUCACGUUUUCCUUUGACUGCUAACAUCCUGAACCUGAGUAUCUAAAAGCUUGGCAUCAUUCUACACAGGGUGCCCCAGGAAAGGACGGUGACCUUGGUGCUCCAGGACCUUCUGGACCUGCUGUAAGUAAAAUUACCCACAAGCACCCACAUUAACACAAACUAUGCCCCCAUAAGCCUUAUAUUAUCCUCACACUAAACGGGAAUAAAAUAAUUCACUCAGUGUAAAGAUGGGUAUGAUAGGAGUUCUUGUUGGGUGCUGCAGAUUUGAACAUCUCUUGCUUUACUUUGUAUAUUUGGGCUUUCUUGUAGAUGAUACACAUGACACCCAAAUGGAUCAAAUUAUUGCAUGAAUUAAACAAGUGAACACAAAAUGUUCAAGCGUUCAAACACAUGCACACUCACACUAGAAAGAACUUAAACCUUUAUUAUCAGCUACACAGUAAGCCAUACUCAAAAAUGCCUUACCUCCAGUCAUUUUCUGUCAGCAGUAACUGAUGUCCUCUUGGUUCUUUUUUAGGGACCUGCCGGUGAGAGAGGAGAGCAGGGACCUGCUGGAGGACCUGGAUUCCAGGGUCUUCCCGGACCCCAGGGUGCUAUUGGUGAGAGUGGAAAGCCUGGAGAGCAGGUACGAAAAAUUAAAAAUGAGUUAAAGAGUGGCCGUAAUAUGUCAUAGUUGCAUAACUGUUAAACGGCCUUCCUUUUUGUUUGUCUGUGUAGGGUCUGCCCGGUGAGGCUGGAGCCCCAGGACCUGCUGGAUCUAGAGUAAGUAACUCACCAACUAUUUAUCAUCUUCACUACUGCUCAGCAGUUUGCUCCCAUCAGUAACCUUCAAUAGAUUUUUUACACUUAAGCAAUUCUAAGUAUAUUCACGUCUCAGGGCCUAGUGGUGUCAAACUCGGACUGCAAAAUAUGGACAAAACCUUUGUUUUAAUUCAAAGAUCCCCCUGUAGUUGUAAAUGCUAGCCCUCAAAGUGAUAUCUAACAGCUAUUUUAGCGAGACAAAACUUUGCUCUCUGUGUUGAAAACAGCAGAAAUUCUGCCUCAGUUUUACUGAAACACGUUGUCAAGGCUAACAUAUGCUAGUGUUAAUGCUAACCAGCUAAAGCUAGCUAAAAACAGAUCAUACAGGCUUCCAUCUUCAUGAUUAGCUUCAGCACUUUUGCACUUAGGCUUACCUAAUCUUUGGCCACUUCUCCCAUUCAGGGUGAUAGAGGAUUCCCUGGUGAGCGUGGUGCCCCUGGACCUUCUGGACCUGCUGGUGCCCGUGGUGCCCCCGGAAGUGCUGGAAACGAUGGUGCUAAGGUAGGCCCCCCAGGAGGCAUGGAGGAAAAAUCUUGGUAGCCUUUGAAAGUCUCACUGACUUGAUGUUUAACCUCUUGUUCUUUUCCUCCUCCUCUUCUUCACUAGGGAGACGCUGGUGCCCCCGGUGCCCCAGGAGCUCAGGGUCCUCCAGGACUGCAGGGAAUGCCCGGUGAGCGUGGUGCAGCUGGUCUUCCAGGACUGAGAGGAGACAGAGUGAGUGGUCAAUUUUCUUAAUACUCCUAAACCAGAACAGCAUACUCACUGUCACACCAAUUCCAUUUAAAUUUAUCCCCAGAUAACAAAUGUUCCCAUGAUGCUCCUUGAACCAAAGGAUGUCAUGUAUGAUCUUUCCGUGUAUAACUUGUAUAACUCCUCCACUCAAUUCAAUAACACAGGGUGACCAAGGAGCCAAGGGUGCUGAUGGUGCUCCUGGUAAGGAUGGUGUCCGUGGUUUGACCGGACCUAUUGGACUUCCCGGACCCUCUGGAUCCACUGGCGACAAGGGAGAGCCUGGCCCUGCUGGACCUGUUGGACCCGUUGGAGCUCGUGGUGCCCCUGUAAGGACCUUCCCAGUUUUCUCGGAGGAUAAACCCAUGAAUCCUCAACUUAAAGUUCUCCAUUUGAACAACACUGUCGCAAUCCUUUGCUGACUUGUCUUUUCCCUUUCUCUUCCUCAGGGUGAGCGUGGAGAGGCUGGACCACCCGGACCUGCCGGAUUCGCUGGACCCCCUGUAAGUCUUCAUACAUGCCCUCAUGUCUUUCACUGACUGUUUUUCUUCUGUCAAAGUUUCAAUGAAGACAACAUCUUUGCUCCAUCUAUCUCCUCACCACAGGGUGCUGAUGGACAGCCUGGUGCUAAGGGAGAGGCUGGAGAUAAUGGUGGUAAGGGAGACGCUGGUGCUCCCGGCGCUGCUGGACCCACUGGUGCCCCUGGACCUCAGGUUUGUAAAGGCCUAAAUUUGCAGCUAAUGGAAGUGCAGAUUCAACGCCUGGAGUCUGGUUCAUUCAGAUUUUGACUAAUACAUUGUUGUGUCCUUUCAGGGUCCCGUAGGAAACACUGGUGCUAAGGGAGCUCGUGGACCUGCUGGACCUCCCGUAAGUCAUCACUCUUGUUUUUCGCACCAUCUUGAUAAGCUUUUUUUCCAGCCACAGUCAGCUUAUGGAUUUGUAUCUGUUCCCUUAGGGUGCAACUGGCUUCCCUGGUGCCGCUGGUAGAGUUGGACCCCCUGGCCCCUCUGUAAGUCUUUCCCUUAAGUUCUAGCACUUUAUAUUUCUGUGACCAAACAAACAUCCAAGAGGAUAUUCAGCAUUACUGUGUUCUUUUCACAGGGCAACGCCGGACCUGCUGGACCUUCCGGACCCGCUGGCAAGGAGGGAGCCAAAGGAAACCGUGGUGAGACUGGACCUGCUGGCCGCACUGGUGAGAUGGGCGCUGCUGGACCCCCAGGAGCUCCAGGAGAGAAGGGUAGCCCUGGUGCUGACGGUGCCACCGUAAGUAAUCUUUCACCUUGUCCAUCAAAACUAACAGGAGUGCUGGCUUAACUGUCCUUUGAGUCUUAUAGUCCUGAAGAUUUCAAUGAGCACAUGCCAGAAUUUUAGUGUCUAUAACCUUACAGCUUGAUGUCUAACAACUUUGUCUCUGCUGCCCCCUGCAGGGUAGUUCUGGUCUGCCUGGACCCCAAGGUAUUGCUGGACAGCGUGGUAUUGUUGGUCUGCCUGGACAGAGAGGAGAGAGAGGUUUCCCUGGUCUCCCCGGACCUGCUGUAAGAAAUACUUGUCACUCUUACAACGCUGAAAAAAUACAAACCUCACCAUGAAUUUGAUUAAUCAGCAUCAACAAGGCUGUGAAUUGGUUUCAUGACAUCAAGACAUAUGUCUAACUUCACAUGUUUACCUUUGUAAAUACUCUGGAUACUUUAGAUACCUUUGUUACGCUCUGGGGACACUAAAGAAAUAGAUAAAAUUUUAAUGUUUUGAAAGCCCACUGACCUAAAUUUUAUCAUCAGUGUGAUUUUUAAGGGGCACAAUAAGUAUUAUCCAAGUCCCUGACUCUUGCAAAUUUGAUCAGGCUAAAAAUCUUAACUGUCCCCUUGUCACCCACAGGGAGAGGCUGGCAAAGCAGGACCCGGUGGCCCCUCUGGCGAGCGUGGACCCCCUGGACCCAUGGGACCCCCUGGACUGGCUGGAGCCCCUGGCGAGCCUGGACGUGAGGUAUUGAGAUGCAAUUGUCCUUGAACACUGAGGCUGCGUAUUUUGUCUGCUGCUAUGUAGAACAGUGGAACAUAUGCAUGUUUUCUAAUUUGUCAUCCUCUUUUUUUAGGGAAGCCCUGGUAACGAGGGAUCAGCUGGUCGUGAUGGACCUGCUGGACCCAAGGUGAGUUCAAACAAAGCUGUUGAAGAGCUUAAGGUGACAACUAAGCUGGAGCUUAUUCUCCAGAACAAAGGCUACUCUAGCUUAGUUAAGUUUGCCCAUCAUUCCAGCCCCUGUUUGAAAAGUUAACCUUUAAGGGGGACAGCAAAUGAGACUUGGGAAUUGGCUUAACCAACCGGUGAGGUUGGCAACAGUCCUCCAACUCCUGAGACUUCCUUGGGUAUCUGGGGAUGUUUUGCACUGCCAAGAAAGUGUCAAAGAAAACUUAAUAACUUUUAUUUGAAGUUUCUUUGAACAAAAACUGACUGGCCAAACAUUUUAGAGCUUUGUUCAGAGAUAUUUGUCUUUGAACAGCUCAGAACAGCCCAAGGACAAAGUAGUGGUAAAAGCGAAACAUCUUUGAACUCUGUGUUUUAGGGAGACCGUGGAGAAUCUGGCUCCUCUGGAGCCCCUGGUGCCCCUGGACCCUCUGGUGCCCCUGGACCUGUCGGACCUGCUGGAAAGAAUGGUGACCGUGGAGAGACUGUGAGUGAAAAACUCUUCGUUGGUUUGGUUUCACCGUCACAUCUUCAGUGGACUUUUCUGAGAAUGUAAAAUGUGUGUCCCUGGCGUUGAUAUCUACAACAAACUUACUUUUGCAUGUUUCAGGGACCUGCUGGCCCCGCUGGUCCUGCUGGCCCUGCUGGACCUCGUGGCCCUGCUGUAAGUUUCAGCAUCAUCUCUAUGAAAUGACCACUCUAAUCAUUGGAACAGCCUGCAGAGGCGCAAGACCAAAGCCUUAAUCAAGUUUUUUCUCCUUAUAGGGAGCUAAUGGACUCCGUGGAGACAAGGGAGAGGCCGGAGAGGCUGGAGAGAGAGGCAUGAAGGGACAUAGAGGAUUCACUGGAAUGCAGGGACCCCCUGGACCUGCUGUAUGUAGCAUUUCUACCGACACGUUCAAAAUCUAGUUAUCAGUGCACGGACUUCACUUUUGCUGUCUGUUCUUCUUUUGAGCACAGGGACCUUCUGGAGAGCAGGGACCCGCUGGUACUGCUGGACCCGCUGGACCCAGAGUGAGUAAACUAGGCUUGGAGCAGUUUGACACAUUUUGCGUCAUGAUCUAUGUUGUAUCUCAACGUUUCCACUUCAUUUUAUCUACAGGGCCCCUCUGGAUCUGCUGGUUCUCCUGGUAAGGAUGGUAUGUCUGGCCUUCCCGGACCCACUGGACCUCCCGGACCUCGUGGACGUUCUGGAGAGAUGGGACCUGCUGUAAGUCCAGCUCACUGUUAAACUCUGUUGAUUUAGCUUGAGUUAGCUUCCACUGUGAAUGUCAAGGUUUUGAUUCUCUGGAAACACAAGGCUUCAAAUAUCAGUUAAAUAAGCCUCUUCUUCUUUUGCUUCUCUCCCUUCUUCCAUUUGCCAGGGUCCUCCCGGACCUCCUGGACCUGCUGGAGCACCAGGUGCCCCUGGUGGUGGAUUCGACCUUGGCUUCAUCUCCCAGCCUCAGGAGAAGGCUCCCGAUCCCUUCCGUAUGUUCCGUGCUGAUGAUGCUAACGUUCUCCGCGAUCGUGACCUCGAGGUCGACAGCACUCUGAAGAGCCUGAGCCAGCAGAUCGAGCAGAUCCGCAGCCCUGAUGGUACCCGCAAGAACCCUGCCAGAACCUGCAGGGACCUGAAGAUGUGCCACCCUGACUGGAAGAGCGGUGAGUAAAGGGCUGUAGAUGACAUAGGAAAAGGAAGACAGUGGUAGAUGGCAGCAUUUAAUGCAUCAAAGCGGGAAAUCUGACCUUUCUAUGAACUCCUUGGUCUCUAGGCGAGUACUGGAUUGACCCCGACCAGGGCUGCACUCAGGAUGCCAUCAAGGUCUACUGUAACAUGGAGACUGGAGAGACCUGUGUAUCACCAACUCAGCGUGUGAUUGCCAAGAAGAACUGGUACCUCAGCAAGAACAUCAAGGAGAAGAAGCACGUCUGGUACGGAGAGGCCAUGACCGACGGAUUCCAGGUAAAACAGCCUCCACCAACCAAAAGCACAAGUUCAUUUCUUCCUCCUCUCAUCUCAUCUUAGUUUCACAGGGGUCUUUUACCCACUCUACCUCUUCUUAGUCCUUAGUCCUGUCCAUUCACUUCUGUGGUAAUUUCAGAAUCUUUGCCUAGCUUUGCCAGUCCGUGACAUUACUGUCCUCCUCUGUCUCCCGCAGUUCGAGUAUGGAAGCCAGGGCUCUCAGCCAGAAGAUGUCAACAUCCAGCUGACCUUCCUGCGUCUCAUGUCCACCGAGGCAUCCCAGAACAUCACCUACCACUGCAAGAACAGCGUCGCCUACAUGGACGCCAGCGCCGGCAACCUCAAGAAGGCCGUGCUCCUCCAGGGCUCCAACGAGAUCGAGAUCAGAGCCGAGGGCAACAGCCGCUUCACCUACAGCGUCCUGGAGGAUGGAUGCACGGUGAGGAGCCUUAUGUUGAUUGUCUCAGAUAGGUCCUGUGUACUGUUUGUGAGCUUGCUAAAUGCUAAAUCUGCACAGUCAAGAAAACCAGCAAGUAGAAGGUUUUGUUUCAAAUUUCUUAGGGCUGCAAUUUCUUAGGGCUAGUUGGGUCAAAUAGGUGAGAUAUUAGAAAGUGGAAGUAAAAUCCUUACAAAUGCACGCUAGCCACCGCUGCUAUUCUAGAAGUUGAUCUGCUUUGGCAAAAGUUAAGGCAGAAGGUUUUGAAUCUGCAGCAGCCAUUGUUCAUGUUGAUACUGAUUCAUCUUUCUUCUUCCCUCCAUCCAGUCACACACCGGUUCAUGGGGCAAGACAGUCAUUGACUACAAGACAUCGAAAACAUCUCGCCUGCCCAUCAUUGAUAUCGCUCCUAUGGAUGUUGGUGGUCCAGACCAAGAGUUCGGCCUUGAAGUUGGACCUGUCUGUUUCUUGUAAAAAGAGAAAUCUGGACUUGAAAUUGUUGUUGUGUGUGUGUGUGUGUUUUAUUUUUCCUUCCAGUCAUCUCUCUCUAAAAAAGCCCCACCAAAACAUUUCUCUAAUGCCAUUUUUCUGAAAAAUCUGACCCUCAACUCGUGAUCUCACGAGUUUCCAUUUGGCCGUUGUUCCAAUGGUCCACCUUGCCUGAAACCUGCACUUCAACAAGAUGGCGGCAAUGCGGCGGAGUCUGCAUCGUCGUGUUCGGGACCACUACUUUUUUUUUUUUUGUUUCUGACUCUUGUUUUUUUUUUAUUUUUUUUUUAUCAUCACCAACACCAAGGAUCCUGUAAAGAAGACGUUUUGUUUCACUGGCAACAAGAAAAUAAUAUAUGCUUCUGUAAAGUGUAAAAAAAAUACGUCCCCUCUUCAUCCAGCUGAACCAGGCCACUCUGGAGUUUACGGAAACCAACAGAAACACAAAGGUGACUUUUGUAUUUUUAUACACCACUGCAGUGAGAGGAAUGAAAGGACAGUCCCAACAGACAGACAGAACCCAAUUGCUAUGUACCACGUUUCCGGUGUUGAUGAAUAAACGGUGAAACUGACAGCCAUGUUUGUCUCUGUUGUUCUGCCCCCCUCCACCUUUCCCAGACAACUCUGACAACUCCCUCCUCUUCAUCCGCUGAUGUUGUAGCUGUUGUGAUUUGUUCAUUGUUGUGGUUGCUUUCUUGUGUGUUCCUUUCGGCUUUACCCUGAAGAAAAGUCACAUUAAAACCACCAGCAGAGAAA